GACGAAACGAGGAAAAGGAAACUUAUGAUGGGACAAUCAAUACGCUGUCGUUUAAAAAACAAUAAUUAUCACGAAACCUAUGAAGAAAAACAGAUCAAAAUAGAGAAAUAUUGAAAUUCGUGCGUUGAGAGAAAAACGUUGAACGAUGGGAGCCGGUAAUGGAGAAACGCCAAAACCUACACAGAUUUCAAUUUCUAAAGAUCAAUUCCUCGCUUGGAAACGCCAAAAGGAUGCUGAGUUAUUAGCCAAACAAGCUGAAGCAGCAAGGAAACGACAAGAGGACAUAGCUUCAGGUCGUGUUCCAAUGAAUGGUCGUGAGCUUUUCUUGCAUGAGCCUUGGGUUUUCGACGAUACUCAUCAUUGAUUCUGGUCUAUUCACUACUUCUUCAUAGGUAACAGAGAUCAUUCGACUCUCAUUAGUACUGCUACUUGCAUCUGAGUUUAUGAAUUGGGACAAUGGAUCUGCAGAUUGUGUGUGAUCUGAUGAAACCAUUGUUGUGUUUUUUUGUUUCAUCUCAAGAAACUAGCUAAAGAGAUCUGUUACUGCAUUAUCUAUUGAUGUUGUCUAUUUAUGUGUGUUUCAGGUGAUUUAAGACAUUUCCUCGAUGAUUUGUGAUCCAACUCUGUUUCUCUUUUGUUGUUGUACUCUCAUGUUCCCACUUUUGUCUCAAGUGUUAAAUCAGAAAUUUAGUCCUCAGUAAUUGUGACUUAAUCGUUGGCUCUGAUUAUUUGGAAAUUUGGUGGUUGAAUGUUACAUCCCUCAAUGUUUGAUAUAUAUUCAAAGGCAAACAAAAGUCGAGACAUUAACUGAAAUUGUGUUAAUGGGACAUUUUUAGUGAAGAUAGUUCAUAGAGUCGAC